CAGCAGGUCUGGUAGAAGCAGCCAACGACAACACACUUAACAACUGCUGUUCAGCCCGAAAUCCUCCGACGUCUUCUCGACUCACCCCCUCCCCGUGCGUGCUCUUCAAAACAUGGCGGCCCUCAAAGCGUUAUGCAGAGCGGACAAUAUACUCCUCAAAAGCCUCUCAGAUCCCCGCAGAACCAAAUUAAACUUCGCUAAUCGCCAAUUGAGCAAGACCUGUGUGUGCUACUUUUCUGCCUCCACUCAGAGAAGCUCACAGUUCUACUCCGAUCCUACGGAUGCAGUAAAAGACAUCCCUAAUGGUGCUACCAUUCUUGUGGGAGGUUUUGGAUUAUGUGGUAUACCAGAGAAUCUCAUCAAAAGCUUACUGAAGACGGGUGUUAAGGGCAUCACUGCAGUCAGUAACAAUGCAGGCGUGGAUAACUUUGGCCUGGGCCUGCUGCUCCAGACUAAGCAGAUCAAGAGGAUGAUCUCCUCGUACGUUGGAGAGAAUGCAGAGUUUGAGCGACAGUAUCUGUCAGGGGAGCUGGAAGUGGAGCUAACGCCGCAGGGUACUCUUGCAGAGAGGAUCAGAGCGGGGGGUGCUGGUGUCCCAGCCUUCUUCACAGCCACUGGCUAUGGUACUCUGAUCCAGGAGGGAGGCUCACCCAUUAAGUACAACAAAGAUGGGAGCAUUGCCAUUUCCAGUGAGAAAAGGGAGGUGCGGGAGUUCAACGGCAGACACUACAUCAUGGAAAAGGCCAUCACGGGUGAUUUUGCCCUGAUCAAGGCGUGGAAAGCUGACAAGGCGGGAAACAUUGUUUUCAGGAAAACAGCCAGGAAUUUCAACCAGCCCAUGUGCAAGGCAGCUAAAACCACCAUAGUUGAGGUGGAGGAGGUGGUGGACGUUGGGACUUUUGCCGCGGAGGACAUCCACAUACCCAGCAUCUACGUUCACAGGGUUGUCCAGGGUGGCAGCUACGAGAAACGGAUUGAGAAACGCACAGUGAAAAAAAGCCAAGAAGAUAAACCCAAACCAAAGAAGGAUUCAGACAUUGUUCGGGAAAGGAUCAUUCGCAGGGCUGCUCUGGAGUUUGAGGAUGGGAUGUAUGCUAACCUUGGUAUUGGUAUUCCCAUGCUGGCCAGCAACUUUAUAAAACCAGACAUCACUGUGCACCUUCAGAGUGAAAACGGAAUUUUGGGACUGGGGCCCUACCCCACUGAAGAUGCAGUGGAUGCAGACCUCAUUAAUGCAGGGAAGGAAACAGUCACUGUGCUCCCCGGGGCAGCCUAUUUUUCCAGUGAUGAGUCAUUUGCCAUGAUCAGAGGGGGUCACAUCAACCUGACAAUGCUGGGAGCCAUGCAGGUGUCAAAACACGGAGAUCUAGCCAACUGGAUGAUCCCAGGUAAGAUGGUGAAGGGAAUGGGAGGAGCCAUGGAUUUGGUGGCUAGCGCUGGAACCAAGGUGGUGGUCACAAUGGAGCACUCGGCUAAGGGAGGAAAACACAAGAUAUUGGACAAAUGCGCACUGCCUUUGACAGGGAAGCAGUGUGUGGACCGAAUCAUCACAGAAAAGGCUGUAUUUGAUGUGGACAAGACAAAGGGUCUGACUCUGAUAGAAGUUUGGGAAGGCCUCACUCCCGAGGAUAUAAAGGCCUGCACUGGCACAGAUUUUGAGGUGUCUCCCAACCUGAGGGCCAUGCAGCAGAUUUAGAGGACAAAAAAAAUGACCUCACAAAACACAAAUGCUUGGUCUGGUUCCCUGGAAAUCAGCAUGCAGAUAUCAAAAGGAUUUAGUAAUAAAUAAUAUUAACUGAAUGGGGUUAAUGGGAGACAUGUGGGGUUCUUUUUGUCUUCUGAUCAUACAAAUUAUACUGUUGCCUAACACACAAUUAAGUUAUUAAUCUUUAUUCAUUAUGCAACGUUUUGAUGAUAGUUAAUUUAAAAAAAAAAAAAUGCUACACUGAUAUUUUGAAUAAAAAUGGUACAGUAUCUCUUUUUUAAAAAAAAAACAUUUAAACAUUUUAAACAUUUGCUGUAUUAUUGAGUUAAUUUAAUGUGACACCUGAAAUGCAAUGAAUUUAGAAUGUAGGUUAAAUGACUUGUCAAGUAUAUAUAACGUUUUUUAAACUGGUGCUCAGUAGUUUAACACAAACAGCCUUUACAUGAUGCAUUUGCUGUAAGAUAACUUUAUGUUUUUCUCCGUUUGGAAAUUGAAGGAGGUGUAAUGUAGUGGAUCUGACGGGGACGUGUCUGUAAUAAUCAAUUCUGCCAUAAUGUCAAGUUGUCUCUUUUUCUCCUCUCAGCCUUCUGUAUCUCAGAGUGAAGUCACAUACUUCAGCUCGACAACUUGAAGCCUUAGCAUUUUUUUACUCAAACAUUUGCUGUUCAGCCGCAUUUGUACAUAGUAAAAUAAAAUACAAACUGGUUUGCAGAGCGAAA